UACAACUCUUGCCAUGUUAAGAAUUUCUAAGACUUUAUUUUCAAAUCUUACAAAUUUAAAUCGAUUCACUUAUCAUACAAUCAAUGACUAAAUCAAAUUAACAGACUUCUGUAUUCAGGUACAUUAGAUGAAUAAUGAAGGAAAUUAAAAAAAAAUAAACAACCAAAUUUCCAAAUAAAUUUUUAAGAUUAGGAGUUGAUGGAGCAUGUAUUAUUUUAUCAACUAAUUUAUAGAAGGAUGUUCAGGAUUUAAAUACUCAUUUAACUUUGAUGAUUAAAUAUUAGAAGAGGAUUAUGUUUUGAAAGAAUAAAAUGAAAUAAUAUUUGUUGUUGAUGAAAUCACUCUCAAAUUUGUUAAUGGUUGUAUUAUUGAUUAUGAAAAUAAAAUGAUUAGAGCUGCAUUUUAUGUAAUUCUUAAAUUUAUUUUUUUAGGUAUAAGAAAAUCCAAAUGCAGAGAAAUCCUGUAGUUGUAAAGCAUCAUUUGCUCCAAAACCCGAGUUAUUAUGA